GCGGCGGAGUCGUCAUAGAGGCGGGGCUGCGGCGGCUGCGGUGUUCCUCCGACUUCCGGACAUCUCCCUGGGAGUCGCGCAGAGUGGAGUCAAAGGCAACCAGUGCUCGCUGCGGUCUCUGGGGAUCGGGAUCGCGGCGGCGGCCCCGCGAGCGGGAUGUUCCGGGGCUUGAGCAGUUGGUUGGGCUUGCAGCAGCCGGUGGCAGGCGGUGGGCAGCCCAUUGGAGAUGCUCCACCCGAGCAGCCGUCCGAGACGGUGGCUGAGUCUGCGGAGGAGGAGCUGCAGCAAGCGGGAGACCAGGAGCUCCUCCACCAGGCCAAAGACUUCGGCAACUAUUUAUUUAACUUUGCAUCUGCUGCCACAAAAAAGAUAACUGAAUCAGUUGCUGAAACAGCACAAACAAUAAAGAAAUCCGUAGAAGAAGGAAAAAUAGAUGGUAUCAUUGACAAGACAAUUAUAGGAGAUUUUCAGAAGGAACAGAAAAAAUUUGUUGAAGAGCAACAUACAAAGAAGUCAGAAGCAGCUGUGCCCCCAUGGGUUGACACUAACGAUGAAGAAACAAUUCAACAACAAAUUUUGGCCUUAUCAGCUGACAAGAGGAAUUUCCUUCGUGACCCUCCGGCCGGCGUGCAAUUUAAUUUCGACUUUGAUCAGAUGUACCCCGUGGCCCUGGUCAUGCUCCAGGAGGAUGAGCUGCUAAGCAAGAUGAGAUUUGCCCUCGUUCCUAAACUUGUGAAGGAAGAAGUGUUCUGGAGGAACUACUUUUACCGCGUCUCCCUGAUUAAGCAGUCAGCCCAGCUCACGGCCCUGGCUGCCCAACAGCAGGCCGCAGGGAAGGAGGAGAAGAGCAAUGGCAGAGAGCAAGAUUUGCCGCUGGCAGAGGCAGUACGGCCCAAAACGCCACCCGUUGUAAUCAAAUCUCAGCUUAAAACUCAAGAGGAUGAGGAAGAAAUUUCUACUAGCCCAGGUGUUUCUGAGUUUGUCAGUGAUGCCUUCGAUGCCUGUAACCUAAAUCAGGAAGAUCUAAGGAAAGAAAUGGAGCAACUAGUGCUUGACAAAAAGCAAGAGGAGACAGCCGUACUGGAAGAGGAUUCUGCAGAUUGGGAAAAAGAACUGCAGCAGGAACUUCAAGAAUAUGAAGUGGUGACAGAAUCUGAAAAACGAGAUGAAAACUGGGAUAAGGAAAUAGAGAAAAUGCUUCAAGAGGAAAAUUAGCUGUUCCUGAAAUAGAAGAAUAAUCCUUAACAGUCUGCAAACUGACAUUAAAUUCUAGAUGUUGACACUUACUGAA